AUGAAAUAUUUAACAGAUGAUAGUUCCCAGUCUGGAAUAAGUGAUGCAGAAAGCACACGAUCAGAGCCAGUUAGGGAUGCCAGGUACAACAAGAUAAAAAACCAUCAGAUUACACUCGGAAUAUUCCUAUCUAAAAGAAUCAAGGGCCAGAAAGAGCAAAUGAGUAUAAACCUGAGUGUGUCAGAUCUUGAAGCCAGCCCAACCAGUGACGUCACACCAGCAAUGCCUCUUCUGGAUGAUGUGAAAGCAAAGUCUAGAACAAUAUUACGUAACAUUGGUAGUGGAAGUAGACCUGUCUCGGAGGAGUUCAGUGCUGGAGAGGUGGAAGACAUGUUGAAUGCCAUGUACCGUGUGGAAAGUGACAACAGUGUGGAUGCUGAUGAGCCAAUCAUGAAACAUAUGACAGAAGGGGGUGUGACCAUUCUAAAACAGAUUGACAGAAAACAACGGUCUGAUAAUCCAAGCCAUGUUUUCUCUGCUCCAUUAGGUAGUGGAUUGGGCAUGAAGAUUGUAGGAGGUAAACAAAUACCAGGCAGCAAAGAACUCGGAGCUUAUGUGACAGCCAUUUAUCCAAUCUUAGCAGACCAGCUGCAUGGAGAACUGGAUGUUGGUCAUCAGAUGCCCUCACUAUCACCUGUGAGCUUGCAUGUUCAACCAGAUAGUUGCAGAUCUUCCUAUGAUAAUCUACCUCCAAAAUGUGAAGAGUCAGUAAAAGAAGCACCUCAACCAAGACCAAGAGGGGGACAUGCAGCCAGCAAGCAGGGUGUGGAUCCACGACAGCUUGCUGCUCACUUACAAGAAAUACAAGAAACAGUUUCUCCGGCUGACAACUCUCCAUGUUCUUCUAAAGAUAUUGCUACACCAUCAUUGUCAUCUUCAUGCAGCACUCCAAGAUCAGACCCCAGUCUUACAAUUUCAGAUCGGCAGCAGCUUCCUGGAUCUACCUCAGUUUCUGCAGCUAAUAAUAGAAUGGAUAAGUUUCUUGAUGUUUCCUUACAGCUUCAGAUAAGCCAUGAUGAUUUUGACAACACCCUCAACAUCCAUGUGAUACAAGCCAGAAAUUUAAGACCACAAGAUCUGAAUGGGCAGUCAGAUCCUUUUGUGAAGUUGUACCUGUUGCCUGGAAGAGGACCUGAAAAUAAGCGCAGAACAAAACACAUUGCCAAGACUUUAAAUCCAGAAUGGCACCAAACGGUCAUGUUCCAUGAUGUUGCCAGGUUGGAGUUACAAAAUAAAGUCUUGGAGAUAACUGUCUGGGACUAUGACAGAUUUAAGGCAAAUGAUUUUUUGGGCGAACUCAUCAUAGAACUUAGAGAGUUUGCCUUCCUUGACAACAAGCCCCAUUGGUACCCACUAAAGGAGCAUGUGAUGUUAAACAGUUUUGAGCUUCCCAAGGCUACGGUGUCACCACCGAAACCUACAAACAAGGGACAGACAGCAGCUGGAUCACAUAGGCAGCAAAAAAAGCUGGGUGUAUCUUCACUGGUGUGUAACUCUUUAAUUAUUUUGUCAGUUAGUGAAGAAACUAUUGAGGAUAAAAACAAUAUAUUCUUCUUCUUCUUUUUCUUCUUUUUGUUUUCUCUACUCCUGGAACGCCUUUGCAGCGUCAAGGCAGGAAGAGAUCUCUGGAUCUGGCCCUUCUGUUCACUUUGUAUUUAG